GGGCGGCCGGGGCCCGCCGGGGCUGCCAGCGGAGCGGGGUCCCCUUCCUGCCUCUCGACCGCCGCUGUCCCUGGGACACGCAGGCUCGCCCCGGAGAAAGCCGGAUUCCCCUGGAGUCGCUGCCAUGGCCUCCGUCCCCUCCGCCGGCUGCCUCCUGGCCAAGAACCAGUACUACAGGACAAGACUGAACUCGGAAUCCAGCGUUUCUUCCAGCUCUUCCUGCUGUUUGGAUGCUGUGAACGUCACAGAGCAGGACAAAGCAAUGCAUGGGUUACCAGAGUUAGUUGAUAAAUAUUGGUGGAUAAAAAGCUUCUUCCAUAGUGAACCUUCUCCACCAACUGUUGGUAGAAAAACACUCUCAGCAAGCAGUACCAACAGUUGAAAAGGACAGCGUGAUGGCUUUUCUGACUGAGAUGCUACAUACAGACUUGUUUUUCCAAGAGGCUUGGGGUCUUCCUAAUGUCUGGGUUCAGCUGCAAGAAGAAAACAAAACCUUUAGGAGAGUGGAAAAGUGUAUUUUCAAAAUAUUUGUCAGUAGCUAAAAUGAUAUUGCUUAAUGGACAUAUCCAUGGCCUACCGUGUUCUUUCCAGAUUUGCAAUAAUUUGUGAUGUUUCUCUAAUGGAAGUUUCAAGGACUAAACAUCCUGAUGACUUACUUGAAUAAUUAGAGAAAAGUGACAGUAAAAACAAGACGUCAUAGGUUUAGGAGGAAGAUGCGUGAUUCAGUUAAGUUGCCUUCAAGAUACCAGCUCUAUAGGCAGUCACACUGAUGUAAACAGGAUUCAGAUCUAUGAUCCAGAGUAGGACUGCUGUGUGGCACUUUUAUCCAGUAUUUAUGUACCAGUUACAGGGGUAAGUUUACAAGAAUGCUUGUCAAUAACUUUUGUUUAAUUUAUUUAGAAAGCCCAAUUAUAUGAACAAGCAGUAAUCAGUUUGGUUUCUUUGAUCAAGCAGAGUGCAUAGAUCCCAACUUCUACAAGUACCCAUGUACCACUUUCAUUCCUACCUAUGGAUGCUGGUAUUUGAGGACAGAAUAGAGGAGAUGCACAAGAAACCAGUAAUCCUAAUAGAAACUGACCUCUUCCACGGGGAAGAGCAGCCUUAAUCAGUUGAUACUUCUAGUUCAUUUUACAUUUCUUCUGCCUGCUUUAUUGUGGCUUAAAGAUCUACUUGCUCCUAAAUGACUAAUUCUAUCAAUAUUCUGCUGUCUGUCUUACUAGUUAUGAGGGCUAGGUCUGGCAAAUGAUUCCACUCAAAGUAAUCACAUUCUUGUUGUUAUCCAAGUGUACCUUUGGCAUGCUCUUGAAAGGUACUAUAACAUUGCAGUGCUGAAGACUAAAUGAAGCUAAUUAGUGUAACGAUUGUUUAUUCUAUUGGCCAUGACUGAAAUGCAUCAAGGAUUAUGGAAAAUAGCAAGUAUUUGGCUGGAUGAUAACAUUUGUGACAAGUAUCCAUGCAACUUUUUGAUGUACUAUCACUAAACCUGCUGGAUAUUUGUUCAUCACUGGAUGAACUAACAGUAGCAAACAUUUAUGUAGCCAGCAUCUUUUUGUUAUAGGUUAAUGGUUGUCAUGGUUAUGCAUAACUCCAAGGUGUAUGAAGUGGCUGCUUCAGGGAGUUUACAGUCUUGAUGGAGGCAAUAAAUGCAUGGCAGAUGACAGCAGAAAAGAGCACAAUUCUGAAAACAUGAUUUCAAGGGUCUUUAAAUUGACUUGUGUCUUACUUUACUGCUAUUGUAUAGUUUCAUUGUUCUCUGAGUGUACAGAAUGACCUUUUUUAUACUUAGAUUUUUUUCUUAAUAAAGAUUUAAUCAAUAUUUUGUCUGACA